GGCAGCCUCCUUCGGACCAUCCAGAUGUCACCUCCUUCAGGAAGCCCUCCCUGGUGGCCCCGCCCUUUGGGAGCACAAAACCCUUUAUGCUCCCAAAGCCCAGCGCCUUUAUCAUGUGCUGAUGCUACUCUGCUUCUUCGCUGGCCCGGCGGCCGGUGCACACUUUGCAGGAGCGGGCUUUGUCAUAAUCUUCUUUGUAGCCCCAGCCCUAGCUCAGCAGCGGAGCCCCUCAAACCUCGGGAACUCCUCCCUGCAAAGGAGCCAGGACGCCCUCCCUCAGGCUGCCUUUAACCAGGGCAGGGUGACAGAGGACCUCCACAGAGUUGGCGGUCACUGCCUUAGCAGUGAGGCCUCAGGGCCCGGGCAGGCACAGCCAGCGGGACUCGAAGCAGGCUGGCGCCGAGGCUCGUGUAGCCGCCUCACAGCUGCAGGCGGACUGUAAGCGCGCGCGCGCGGUCGCCAUGGCAGCGCAGCCGCCGCGGCCAGUGGGUGAGAGGAGCAUGGGGAGCUCCCGGGAGGCCACUCGUGCGCCGGCCGGGUCCCCGGCUUGGGCCUCCACUCAGGCCAUUACUCCGGGCGCGGCCCUGACGGUCCAGCGCGAAUCUCCAGAAUCUGGUCUCCAGAAACAUUAUUCUAAUCUGUGUAUGGAAAAAUCCCAGAAAAUUAAUCCUUUUAUAUUGCAUAUACUCCAAGAAGUGGAUGAAGAAAUUAAAAAGGGGCUAGCAGCAGGAAUCACAUUAAACAUUGCUGGUAACAAUCGCUUAGUGCCAGUAGAAAGAGUUACAGGUGAAGAUUUUUGGAUUCUUUCCAAAAUUUUAAAGAAUUGUCUGUAUAUUAAUGGUUUGGAUGUUGGAUAUAACCUUCUAUGUGAUGUUGGUGCAUACUAUGCUGCGAAACUGCUUCAGAAACAACUUAAUCUCAUUUACUUAAACCUCAUGUUUAAUGAUAUUGGGCCCGAAGGUGGAGAAUUGAUUGCUAAAGUGCUACAUAAGAAUCGGACUCUGAAAUACCUAAGAAUGACUGGAAACAAAAUUGAAAAUAAAGGUGGAAUGUUUUUUGCUGCAAUGCUGCAAAUUAAUUCAUCAUUAGAGAAAUUAGAUCUGGGUGACUGUGAUCUGGGAAUGCAAAGUGUGAUAGCAUUUGCUACAGUACUAACUCAAAACCAAGCAAUUAAGGCAAUAAACCUAAACCGACCUAUACUGUAUGGUGAACAGGAAGAGUCUACAGUCCAUGUAGGCCGCAUGUUGAAAGAAAAUCACUGUCUUGUUGCACUACACAUGUGUAAGCAUGAUAUAAAAAACAGUGGUAUACAACAGUUAUGUGAUGCACUGUAUCUGAACAGUAGCCUGCGCUACCUUGAUGUCAGCUGCAACAAAAUAACUCAUGAUGGAAUGGUGUAUUUGGCUGAUGUACUGAAAAGCAACACUACCCUGGAAGUAAUAGAUCUUUCCUUUAACAGAAUAGAAAAUGCAGGCGCAAACUAUCUCAGUGAAACUCUUACUUCACACAACAGGAGUCUUAAAGCGUUGUCAGUAGUCAGCAACAACAUAGAGGGAGAAGGACUUGUUGCACUUUCACAAUCAAUGAAAACAAAUCUCACUUUCUCUCAUAUCUACAUUUGGGGAAACAAAUUUGAUGAGGCUACGUGUGUAGCAUAUUCAGACUUAAUUCAAAUGGGUUGUCUAAAACCAGACAAUACAGAUGUGGAGCCAUUUGUGGUAGAUGGACGUGUAUAUCUUGCAGAAGUCUCCAAUGGCCUUAAAAAGCAUUAUUAUUGGACAUCAACUUAUGGAGAAUCUUAUGACCACUCAUCUAAUGCAGGUUUUGCUCUUGUUCCAGUAGGUCAACAGCCAUGAAAAAGUAGCUGUAAAAUAAUUUUCAUACACUUGUCUUAUUGUUUCACAGAGAUUAAUAUUCUAUAGCCUAUUUUCUUUUAUAAAUUAAAACAAGUUACUUUUUUCAAAUGUGUAAAAGAUAAUGACUGUAUUAAACUUUGUAUAACUGUCUAUUGUAAAAAACUGAGUAGGGUAAUUUUUUAAAAGAAAUUUUACAAUAUAGAGACUAAAAUUCUAACCCUGGAGAAAGAGACCAAGGAACUAGACUAAAUUUCUUUUUAUAAUGAAAAUAUAACCAAGUAGUGAAAUAGCAUACAAGUAAAGGUCAUUGUAGGUAUCUAACUGAAAGUUAUUAAGUAGUAUUAAUAAAAAGGUUUGUGGUAGAAAAUUACCAGUGACUUUCAAAGGGUUUCAAAGUUCAGAAGUUGAAAAAGUAUUCUACCUAUCCUAUUUACGUGUUACAGACAGGUGUUACUAACAAUUUCAUAAAUACAGGCAAAUAUAUAUAAACAUAUACAUACCCCUUUCCCAACAAGCCAGUGCUGCCAGCUCUCCCACUCUCCUCUCAUAACCACUAUCCUGACUUCUAACCCCACAGAGUAGUUUUGCCUGUUCUUGACCUUUAUAUAAAUGGAAGCAUACAGUA